AUGCGUAAGAGUGAAAUUGUAACGGCAAAUUCAAAAUGACACUAGUGACAGAAAAGUAGUGGUGAGUGGUGUGUAGUUCGCGAACGUACUAGUUCAGUCCAACAAUUGUUAUGAACUAAGUGAACUAGUUCAUCAUUCCACGAAAAUCUCUAUUCACUUCGAACGACUGGUGACUUGACUUGAUGAUGCCGCAGGGGUAUUAUAGAAAAAAACUUGAAAAACGAAAAAUGUCAUCUUGCAGAUUAGCUAGUUUUUAGUGAAAUAGUUCGUUCCACGCGUGCUCGGUAUAGUCUCUGUAGGCGUCAUCAAAAGCGUUCAUCUAUGGAUUCAACGACAUGCCACGCUCAAACAUGCAUUACUGGUUGCAGAAAACCUAGUAGUGUUCAUCUCUGAGCUGUGAUAGGAAGAAAGUUGAUUGAGUAGCGAGAUUGCAUCUGGAUGAUUAUGUGUAUAGGUCUGCAUAUGUAUAAAUUCAGUGAUAUGCUAGAAAAUGAUGCCAAUAAAGUAUGUCUGUUCGAUAUGCACGACGGGUUAUUUAUGUGUUGUCCUUUCUGAAGACAAAUUAUUUGUCAAAAAAACGACAAAAUGGAAAGUGUUCCAAGAUACGUAAUACCCGUGCGGAUGGAAGAUUGAGAGGCGACGCUUUCACUUUCUUGUGUAAAGUAGUUCGUACGCGAACUAGUUCCUAGAACUAGUUAACUAGAAUGCACAUUACUACAGAAAAGCAAGUUGUUCUAUGAUCUAUGUUGUCUAGGCUUGUUGGGUUGCCGUUUGGAAUUUAGGCCUUGUAAAAAAAAUCAAGAGGUAGCCAAAGAACUUUCAACAAGCACUCUACAUUUAAGUCGUAAUAGAUUCUAGUACAAUUUAAUAGUUCGCCCCACUCUAAAAUACAAAGUUAACAUGAAUCAAAUCCAAGCGAAUAACCAAAAUUUCUGUGUUAUGUGCCGCGGUUAUAAUAUGGUUCAAGAUGACACACGGGUUGAUGACGUCAGUUACACGAAUCGCUUGAACGCGUUGGUUUUAACCGCGGUUUUGUUGCAAGUUGUUUAUUUUAGAAAAGCGCGUAUAUAAUCUCUGAUUAUUUUUAUUAUCACUUAAUAAUCGGUGCUUUUUCGUCUACAACUGUAUAUGGAAAGUUUAAAUAAGAAACCUUUCAUAAUAUUCAUGGGAGACAUGUUUUUUUCAGAUUUUUUUUUAAUGAUGGAACCAUGGCUUUGUAGCUAUGAUAACUUUCAAUUCUCUAAAUUUUUCCGCAUGUCAAAGAAAACAUUUAUUGAUUCAGCAGAAAUGAUGAAAAAAGAUAUUAGCAAAACCGUGUACAGGUGGAUAUCAUCUAGUGAGUUUAUAUGGCCAUAUUUUAAUAUUCUUGUGGCAUAUGGCUACACAGGAUACUUUGUUAAGCAUAGGAACUACAUUUAAAGUGUCAUCAACAACCGUAAUGAGUAUAACUAAUAAGGUGCUCCAAUUUAUGGUAAAACUGAAGUCAGCCUGUAUCAUUUUUCUCAAAAUUGAAGCUGAAGUACAAUAACAAUAUCCAAUACCCGGCAAAAUUCUAACUUGUCACAUUUCAAAUAAUAACCAGAAAUAUAAAACUACUCUUGAGUUGGGUAAAUACCACAAUUUUGCGGUGAUAACUAUGACAUAUAACAGCUGAUUCGUGACGUCACGGAUCUUAUAACCAAACUGAUAACUACACUCGCUUGAACGGAUUGGUAAAUACCAACCCAAAAUGGUAAAUACCAUUUCCAUUUGGUUAUCCGCUUGAAUUUGAUUAUGUAUGACACACCAAUUAUUUGUGUUCUAUAAUCAAAUCCAAGCGAAUAACCAAAAUUUCUGUGUUAUGUGCCGCGGUUAUGGUUAAAGAUGACACACGGGUUGAUGACGUCAGUUACACGAAUCGCUUGAACGCGUUGGUUUUAACCGCUGUUUUGUUGCAAGUUGUUUAUUUUAGAAAAGCGCGUAUAUAAUCUCUGAUUAUUUUUAUUAUCACUUAAUAAUCGGUGCUUUUUCGUAAGUUAAGAGCAUUAAUGAAAAUUUUACAGUCAAUCCAUAGCAUUUCUUACUUCAGCAAGCUGUUCCAAGGGACUUUGUUGAAGAAUACAAAAAGAUAUUUCUCAACUCGCACCAUGAGGUACAUAGAACAGGAGGAAGCGAUCAGCAUCGACCAGGAGCUGUUC